AUGGAAGUUCUUUUAAGCGAAUUAAACGAAAAGAAAAGAAUGAUGAUAUAUCAGUUAAAUGCACUCGUUCAACAGCAACAAAAUCUUAUAUCAAGUGUUGUACAUUAUGGUAUUUUGGGACCAAAAGAUGGUGAUCAUUUUGAAACAGAAUAUAAUAUUUGCAAUGAACAUUCACUACAGAUCAAGUGUUUGGAAUAUGAUUUAAAACAUCUUGAAGAUGAAAUUAAUAACGUUACAAACGUAAAUGUUGAACAAUAUGGUGUACGCUCAGAAGUUGGUCGACUUGAAAUUGUUUUGAUGCAUCGUCCCGGUUCUGAAUUACGUCGUUUGACAUUAGAAAAUCUUACUACACUUCUAUUUGAUGCACUACCCAAUUUAAAUCAUACAUAUAUCUCUCAUAAUUUAUUUGCUGAUUAUUUGAGACAACAAAGUAUAGAAGUUUUGUAUGUUUCCGAUAUUCUACGAGAAACAUUGAGAAAUAGCAAGCUGGCAAUUCGUGAACUCAUUGAUGGUAUAGUUAAAAAGAGUUUACCACAAGUCAAAGAUCAUCUACAAUUAUGGCUAGAGAAGAGAGACGUUGAACAAUUAGCACGUGAUGUUAUUGAAGGUGUUCAGUGUAACUAUAAUGAAAUUGGUCAGACAGAUAUUGGUCAAAUACUUUUGAAAUUAUGUCCAAUUGGAGAUUAUCUUGUACCUCCGUUGCCAAAUCUAAUGUUCACUAGAGAUUCAUUCUCAAUUAUCGAAGAUAAAGUUGUUAUUCAUAAAAUGGCUUAUGCUGCAAGACAAAAUGAGCCACUAAUAAUGAGUAUUAUUUUUAAAUAUUAUCCAAGAUUUGUAGAACAUUUAGAAGUGAUCGAUUGGCAAAAACAUGUUAAGAAUUCUGAAGCAACGAUCGAAGGAGGUGAUCUGGCUUAUCUCGGUAAUGGUACACUAUUAAUUGGAUGUAGUGAACGUACAAAUGAUGUUGCCAUUGACGCUUUAGCAAAGACAAUGUUUGAUUUAGGCAUAUUAAAACGCGUUAUUGUUGUAGGUAUACCGAAAAGUCGAGAUUAUAUGCAUUUGGAUAUUGUUAUGAGUGCUGUUUCAUCUUGUGCAUUCACCUUACACGGACGUUUGGCUACAAUUAUGGAAAUAUUUGAGGUAACACCUGAUGUUAUCAACAAUAGUUGUCGAUGGACAGCCAAAGGAAAAAAUGUUGGUGAUGUACUUGAAAAUCUACUAGGCAAAUCACUAACUUUUUAUGAUGCUAAAACGGAAAAAGUAUCGAUUAAAGAUCAAACAAAUUGUCGUCAUAAUGUAUUGGCUAUUGAUGAGUAUCAUAUUGCAACAUAUAGCGGAGGAGAUGAUGAAAGUAGCAUCACUUCACAAAUGAUUGGUCAUCCACAAUUUCCUUGCACCGUUUUCAGUGUGCCAACUGCCGGACUUUUAGAAGGUGCUGGUGGUGCUCAUUGUUUAACUAAUGGCAUUCGUAGACGUUCCUGUUAA